AUGGUAUUGAUCGAAUCAGGGUAUGAUUAUGGCUAUAUACGUCUUUUCAGAAUCGCGCCAACUUGUUUAAUUGAGGAAUUAAAGGCCCCCUUCUUCUCGUUCCCCACCUUUGAACGAACACACUAUCCAACCCUAACUUAUAAGCGAAACCGAUCUACACAACACAUCACUUCCUGCGCUUUUACCACAAGUCGUCGACAUCUCCUUUACCAGCAAUUACACUCUCUCGACAUGUCUCUGCCACUCACCGAUAAAUCUUUCAAGCGUCUGGGCAACUCUGGCCUCAAGGUGUCCUCCAUCAUUGUGGGAUGUAUGUCGUUUGGUUCUAGCAACUGGGCUCCUUGGGUCAUUGGAGACGAAGAGCGGUCCCUGGAGCUGCUGAAGGCUGCCUACGACCGAGGUUUGCGAACGUUCGACACCGCCUCCACCUACUCCAACGGUCUCUCCGAGGUGCUACUGGGCAAGUUUCUGCGAAAGUACAACAUCCCACGAGAGAAGGUGGUCAUUAUGACCAAGGUGUUCUUCCCCGUGGCCGAGGAGGGACUCCACGGAGAGACCAUUCUCGGCGGUCGAUCGGAGGAGGAGAUGCUGGAGUUCACCAACCGAAUCGGACUGUCUCGAAAGAACAUUAUUGCCUCGGUGGACGACUGCUGUGAACGACUCGGCACUUACAUUGAUCUGCUGCAGAUCCAUCGACUCGACGACGAGUGUCCCUACGAGGAGAUCAUGAAGGCCCUGCAUGACUGUGUUGAGUCUGGCAAAGCCCGCUACCUAGGAGCCUCUUCCAUGCGAGCCGUGGAGUUUGUGGAGCUGCAGAACGUGGCUGAGAAGCAUGGCUGGACCAAGUUUAUCUCUAUGCAGUCUCUUUACAACCUCAUCAACCGGGAGGACGAGCGGGAACUCAACUGGUACUGCAACAAGACUGGUGUUGGUCUCAUUCCCUGGUCUCCUCUGGCUCGAGGCAUUCUUGCGCGACCCAGAAGUGCUGAGGACACUGCUCGGUCCGGUUCUGAUCUGCGAAUGAUGCUGUUCGACAAGGACCACGACUCCACUGCCGAGAUCAUCGACCGGGUCGAGAAGAUGGCCAAGAAGAAGGGCGUUGCCAUGGCCACAAUCGCCACCGCCUGGGUCCUUCACAAGGGUGCCAUGCCCAUUGUUGGUUUCUCGUCCGAGAAGCGAAUGGAUGAGGCUCUGGCCGCCCUGGACGUUGAGUUUGAUGCCAUGGACUUGAAGUACCUCGAGGAUGCUUACGAGCCCGUCAAGUACAAGAUGUAA